CUCAGCAUUAUACAAGCCAUGUAAGAGAUAGAGGGAGAGAGAGUUUAUAGAGGGGAAAGAGUUCACAGAGGGGAGAGAGAGAGAGAGAGAGAGGAGGGAGAGGAAGAAGCAGUUUAAAGAAAUGGCGAUAAGCAACUUCAUCCUGACAGUGGCGGGCGUCACAGCGGCUGUGCUUCUCUUCCGCAGUGAUGUCAAACAGUCCGCCUCAAUCUUUCGGCGAAACGUUCGCCAAAUCCGUCAAUGGCUCGAGCAAGAAUCAGCUGCCGCCUCCAAGAUGGGAGAAACCCCGAAGCCGAAAGAACUGGAGCAACACAUGAAAGAGAAGGAUGUUCCAAAGCAAGAUCAGCACUAGCGUGAAACAUGAAGCUUCAACACGAGUCACUAAAGACAUUUCCCUGCAAAUAUAUCUUCUUUCUUUCUUUCUUUUUUUUUUGAGCUUUUUGACCAAGAAAUAUAGAGUCUUAUUUCAAGUAGUGGAUGAAUGAGGUCCCCAAACACUCUCUCUUACCUGGGGAAAGAAUUGCCUUUCAUAUGCAUCUCGAUUUAUUUGUACAUUGAUGGAUUUGAGGUGAAAUUUGGGGAAGUAUAGGACUUUUUUCAUGUGGGCUGAGUUUCCCUUAAAUUUCAUUUACCAAAUUACAUUGUAGCUUAGAGAAAGCUCCAAAACCUGAAUGAAGCAGGGCAUUAUUGUUCAAAUAAAGCAUAAAGAA